CCACGCUUCUCCCGUGACAGCAAUCCAAAACACCACCCACCUGUUCAUCCAUAUAUACCGAUAAUAUCCGAAAGCCUUUCCAGCUACGAAUUCUCGUUCCGUCUUCAGCAUCCAAAUCAGCAGCGCUUAGCGACGACAUGUCUCUAGCUUCUCGUGUCUUUGGCCGGCCGAGCAACAUCUUCGACCCCUACUCUCUCGAUCUCUGGGAUCCCUUCCAUGGCUUUCCCUUGGAUAGACUCGCGGAUUCUAGCCCAAACUCGACGUUUGCGGAGACGCUAAUCGACUGGAAAGAGACUCGAGAUGCCCAUGUCUUCGAGGUCGACCUCCCGGGGCUCAAGAAGGAGGACGUGAAGGUGGAGGUGGAGGAUGGGAGAGUUCUCCGGAUCAGCGGCGAGCGAGUCAGGGAGCCGGAAGACAGGAAUGACACCUGGCACUGCAUGGAGAGGAGCACCGGCAAAUUCCUCCGGCGGUUCCGGCUGCCGGAGGAUGCGAAGGUAGAAGGGAUGAAGGCGGCGAUGGAGAAUGGGGUGCUCACCGUGACUUUGCCCAAAGGGAAGGUGAAGAAGCCCGAGAAGAGGUCCGUUGAGAUCACCGGUGGGGCUGACAAGAAGGGAGGGAAAGGCAAGAAGGAAAUGGUUUGUUGCAGGUUUUGGCCGUGAUGGAAGGAGGCUUUUCUUUUUUUUUCGUUUGGUUUUUUCGGUUGUUGUGUGUCUUUGUAUAACGAUCUGGUGCUUUUCGUUAAGGGGAUGUUUAUUGGUAUUUCCAGGGUGGGUGCGUUCUGAGAUGAAUAUGAGUGGAUAUGUUUGGGCUUUUUCUGAUGAUCUUGUACAGUUAAUAUAAUUGUCAAGUGAAAUUAGCUCUAUAAAUUGUACAUA